AUGAACCACGCCUAUACCACCUACCCGGCACCCGACGCGAUAGCCCACCCUCGUCCCCCUUCUCCUACGCCUUAUCAUGAUCCUCACGCGCCUCCACCGCCGUCCUUGGCGACGCCACCGGUCCAGGCCAAUCGCUCGCAAAACCCCACUGAAUCCCAUCGCGCCGAUGCGGGCAAGAACGGCGCCGUGUCCAAGAUGCGCAAACCGCGCAAGGGCAACAAUGCGGGGGGAGGCAAGUCGUCGCUGUUCUGGGUCCAUACCGAUUCGCAGUCUGUCUCUGAGGGGACCCGUGAGGAUACCCUCAAGCGCAUCCGGUCCCAUGUCAUGUCCGAACACAAUCGCAAAAAGCGCCUCGAGAAUACCAAGCGGUAUAAGACCAAGGCGUGGAAACACUUGGCUUUUCAGCCGGUCGAGACGAGUGCCUCUACCUCGUCUGCUACCGCUGCGUUGACGGCGUCCACUGAACCUCCCGCUUUGAUCAAGACGACCUCGCCCGAUAGUCGAGGAUCGUCCGCGUCGUCGUCGCCAGGGCAUAUUCCACCGGAGAGGCGUGUGAAGGGAGAAGACAGCCCAACUGGGCUUGUGGUUGCUCCGGUCGUCCCGGGGAGGCACAUUAAUAACGGUCACCGGGGGAGCCCGGUACGAGUAGUAUCUCCAUGGGACUAUGUCAGCCAGGGAGCCCAAGACCCAUUUUGUCUGGGACAUUCGCGGUUGUCGGAUCGUAUGAUGCGGCAUUUGCAACACUUUCUAUGCAACUUGACACAAAUAGCCUACCCUUUACAACGUCGAUACGGACCCAAGUUGCAGGCUCACUGGUCGACGUUGGUCCAACAAGACCCUGCAUCCCUCCAUGCCUGUAUAUGUGUCGCGGCGUCUAAUAUGGCCCUCCAGGCGGGUGAAUUCCCGCUCAAGGACCCGAACAAACGGUCGUCGAGUCCGUUGUUGCUCGACACUUUUCAUCACCGCGGGGAAACGAUCCGACUGGUCAACGAGGGCCUAUCGGAUCCCGUCAAAGCGUCGAGUGAUGUGUUGAUCGCAGCGGUUUCGAUCCUACUGACAAUCGAGAUUGCGUCCGGUAACCCCGACUAUCUCAAGAUCCACCUGGCCGGCUUAAGGCAGAUGGUGGGCAUGCGGAAUAGUCUUGCGGAUGUACCUCCGGACGUCCGGUUCCAGAUCUCAUGGACCGACAUCCGCGUCGCCUGCAUGGCAUUCACACGACCCAUCUUCCCCUUCAUCCGCUACGCCCGUCCCACCCACCUCUCCGUCCGCCCUCCCUCAACAGACCUCUCCAACACCGCAGCGCGCUUAAUCGCCCUAACAGAAAUACCCGGAAUCUUCAGCUCCGCCCUCGUCCAAACAAUCUACGACCUCGGCGAGCUCACCUGGUGGGCCGAAUGGAUCAAAACCGACCCGACCUACCAAGACUUCGACGAAGAAACCGAAGACUACUUCAACACCGAAGUCCUCUACAUCGAAUACGCCCUCCACACCGACCGCUACACCGACACGGGCGUCUCCAAAGGCGACGCCUCCAUCGAAGGCUGCGUCCGCCUCGCCAGCCUCCUCUUCCACAACAGCGCAAUCUGGGACUUUUACCCGCAGAUCGCGCCUGUCUUUCCCAAACCCAUCACCGGUCUGCAGAAGGCUCUGGAGACGACCAUCCCAGCCGGCUACUUCCACCUCUGUCAAGAUUUGCUCAUCUGGCUGCUCUUCAUGGGCGCCUGCGCCUCGCGGCUGAUGGUCCGCGAGCGGGCGUUUUUCGUGACAGAGCUGGCUGCCGCUGUCCAGGACCAUGGCGUCCACUCAUGGCAAGAACUGCGGACAUUACUCCUGGGGUUCUUUUAUGUUGAUAGAACGUAUCUGGGCCCGUUACGGGAGGUGUGGGACGAGAUUCAGAUGCGCCGGCCCCCGCAGUAUCUCACCGACGACCGAUGA